GAACGUUACAUUGCACUGAAAGGUAUUCCCCCAUGCAAAUGAAUACAAAUCAACUCCCUCCAAUUUGCCAUUUUUCUUUAUUAAUCCCUUUUCCCAAAAUGGAAACCACUUUCCACAGAAAUUCUUUUAUCCUCUACUGCUCUUCCAAGAGCAAGAAAAUCAAGAAACCAAAACAAAUCCAGCAGAACAAAGGGAUCAGCGGCCUCUCCUUUCCAAAAUCAACCCCAACCCCACUCUUAAUUAACCAAAAACCCUACACCCAAACAAAAAUCCAGGCCCUUGACGCUGUCGUUGAUGACCUAGAAGCCUCUGUGGAGAAAGGCUUAAAAAUUGACACCGAAAUAUUUUCUUCUCUCUUAGAGACGUGCUACCAUUUGCAAGCCAUUGAGCAUGGUAUCCGAAUUCACCGCGUUAUUCCAGCAAACCUUUUACGUAGAAAUGUUGGCCUAUCGUCGAAGCUGCUUCGUCUCUAUGCGUCAUGUGGACAUGUCGACGAGGCUCACCAGGUGUUUGACCAAAUGGCUAAGCGAGAUGAAUCGGCUUUCCCGUGGAAUUCUCUUAUCUCGGGGUAUGCUGAAUUGGGUCUGUAUGAAGAUGCCAUGGCGCUUUACUUUCAAAUGGCGGAGGAUGGUGUUGAGCCGGACUCGUUCACGUUCCCUCGUGUGUUGAAAGCUUGUGGGGGAAUUGGGUCGAUUCGUGUUGGGGAGGAGGUGCAUCGGCAUGUGGUUCGUUCGGGCUUUGCAAAUGAUGGGUUUGUGCUCAAUGCUCUUAUUGACAUGUAUGCCAAGUGUGGCGACAUUGUAAAGGCUCGGAAGGUAUUUGACAAGAUUGCUUUCCGGGACUUGAUCUCAUGGAAUGCCAUGCUCACGGGUUAUAUUCGUCAUGGGCUUUUGGUGGAGGCAUUGGACAUCUUUGGCCAAAUGCUUAAACAGGGCUAUGAGCCAGACUCGGUUGCUAUAUCCACAAUUCUCACCAGUUUGUCGUCAUUGAAGCUUGCACUCCACAUACACGGCUGGGUUCUUCGUAGAGGAUUCGAGUGGAAUUUGUCUAUUUCCAAUUCAUUGAUUGCUGUGUACUCAAAUCACGGAAAGUUGGAUCAAGCACGCUGGUUAUUUGACCAAAUGCCUGAGAGGGAUGUUGUGUCAUGGAACUCUAUAAUUUCUGCUCACUCUAGAGACCUGAAAGUUGUAACGUACUUUGAGCAGAUGGAGAAUGCUGGUGCUUUGCCAGAUAGCAUCACAUUUGUGUCCAUGCUAUCAGCUUGCGCCCAUUUGGGCUUGGUGAAGGAUGGGGAGAGAAUGUAUUCAGUGAUGAGAGGAAAAUAUGGAAUAAGCCCAAUCAUGGAACAUUAUGCUUGCAUGGUUAAUCUUUAUGGGAGGGCAGGACUGAUCAAAGAGGCUUAUGCCAUCAUAGUGGAGACAAUGGAAUUUGAGGCUGGCCCAACAGUGUGGGGGGCAUUGCUAUAUGCUUGCUUUCUUCAUGGAAAUGUAGAUAUUGGAGAAAUUGCAGCUGAAAAACUUUUUGAAUUGGAGCUGGAUAAUGAACAUAAUUAUGAGCUUUUGAUGAAAAUUUAUCGCAAUGCGGGUAGAUUGGCGGAUGUGGAAAGAGUGAGAGUGGUGAUGGUGGAAAGAGGGUUGGAUUUUUGCUAGACCCAUGUGUCUCUUUUAAUUCAUUCAUAUUUAUGUUCAACUCCUGUAGCCAUUAAAGAUUGGAACACAAAAAUGUUAUGUGUACAUAUUAUGAAACACUUAUAAAUUGAUG